UCAUGGCUCAAACGGACUUCGCUCUUUGGUCACGGCAUCUCACUGUGGGUUUCAUAUCCUAGCGAAUUUUUCUACACAUGGUUCGAUCUAUCUCGGUCGUAUAGAGAGGCAUACGAUUAAACAAAUAAAGAGGAAGGGAAAAAUGAAGGGUGUCAGGAAAAAAAGGAACAGAGCUGUUGAACAAUCCGAGAUAUCCACAUUCUGUUGACGUUCGCGUAGCUUUUCCUUUCGAGAACGCGCGUUUACGUUUUCUUGGCCCAAUAGUGAUAUGCCAGGCGUCAAAUACGACGUUGUCGUUAACGUUCAUCUAGCAUAACCUCAAACUCCCUGUGAUUACAUUAUACUACGCUUCAGCGACGUCGAGGCAUUAAUGUCAACUGUGCCGAAUGUGUAAGACAAGAUUUCUAACUGGGCGACAGAUGCUGCGAAGCCUUCAUUGCUCUUUAUCGCACGUAAGUUCCGGACUUAGACGUGUAUGAUGUAAGGGACUCGUUAGUAUGCUGGAUAAGCGGCGACUCCAUGCCUCCGGUACGUCGCCUUACACUUUGAUUUUCGUGGUCGCCUUGGCACUGACUGGAUGCUUCUCCUUCUGGCUUCACAUCGACAGCUCCGGUUCACCGACGCCGUACAGCAGCGGCGCGUCGGCACCGGGAUAUCUGCUAAUCCUUCCCGGAAACGUGACGCUCUCCCCACAGCCGUAUUUACUGCACGAACUUUCGUUCGGUGACAAAUCCACCUUGAUCGACAUAAAGGACUUCCGGUUCACGAUCAACAAUGACCCGUGCAACCGGACGCACCCGUUGCUGCUGAUGCUGGUUCAUUCGGCUCCCGAAAACUUUGUUAAGAGAAACGUGGUCAGGGAGACAUGGGGCCAGCAAUCUCCGGAGGUGGCGCUCCUCUUCUUCGUCGGCUCGUCUGAUGAAUAUCAGACGAUGCUGGAAGAGGAGAAUAGAAAAUUCAAAGAUUUGAUACAAGGCAACUUUCUCGAUGCCUACAGAAACAUGACUUACAAGCAUGUGAUGGCAUUGAAGUGGGCUACGUAUCAUUGUCCAAGUGCCAAAUAUAUAUUAAAAUUAGACGAUGAUGUUUUUGUUCAUAUACCUGCCAUGUUGGAUUUCUUGACUCGUGAUCUAUCGCCAUGGGGAGCCAGACGAUUGAUCCUAUGCGAUCUUCUACCCACGGGUACCGUGAAGAGAUCCUGGCGUUCCAAGUGGAGAGUCUCCCCUCAAGAAUAUCCUGGCAGACACUAUCCUGCGUAUUGUGCCGGAUGGGCUAUACUCUACUCUCCUGAUAGCGUAUUUCUUUUGUAUCGUGAGGCACAGAAAGAGCCAUAUUUCUGGAUCGACGAUGUUCAUAUUACCGGGACGUUAGCUAGGAAAGUAAAUUUAACACAAACCUCUCUGCAUUACUUGGUGCUAACUAACGAGAAUAUGCAGGACCUUCUAUCAAAUCCAAAUUCUCGUAGGGAGUUUCUGUUCGGACCUCCAAACCUUACUGAAAACGAGAUAAGAGCCUUACAGAGUUUGGUCACUAAACCACGGCCUAGCAGCGAAAGCCUAGUAAACUGAAACAUUUCGAAUGAACGAAAGACAUUUAUGCAUCUGUGAUCAUUUUUAUUCUCAAAAUAAUUUUUCAGACGAAAAAGCCUCAUCGCGAUUUUAAAUUCUUUCUUUUACCUAUCCCCAGUGACCUUUAGAUACAAAGGUUAAAAAUUAAUUCUCAAACGAAAUAUUUCGAUAAUUAAAUUUUAUUAACGAUAAGGCAGAUGCAUAAAUCUUUUUCUUAUUUAAUACGACAAAAAAAUUCUCCGGUACUUGAUAUUUUGCACACUUUUCAUACAUUUCAAUUCUCUACGGAUAUAAUUCUCUUCGUGAGUGUUCAAUUUUUUGCACAGUAUUUUUACAGUAUUAUACUUCGUUGCAAGGGACAUUUUUUCUAAAUAUCGAAUCGCAUAUUUCGGAAUAAUAUAAUAUUUUUUUAUCGUGGUUGGCUUUUCCAUAAUGAUAUUAUAAAAGUAAUAUAAUUUCUUUCGUAAUUUUAUAUCUGUGUGACGGCCAUCUUACGGCUAUAUUACGUAAUCAACGUUUCAAUCAAAUUCUUAAAAGCGUGUCUGAUUUGAUGAAGCGCAUCACAAUCAACGCACAAUGAUUUGUAUAUUCCUUGUUUGGUGAUGUAUAUCCGACUAAUUUACUUAUUAUUGAAUAAUCUGUUUUGAAAAAUUCAUCGUAAAAAUGAUCAAGCGAUGCAUAUCAUAUUAACAUCGCAUAAUGAAAUUUUCCUCUUUGUGAAUCAAUUGAUGCAAAAACAAAUGUAUUAUAAUCCCAAGAUUAUAGGGCCAGGAAACGAUCAAGAAAUAAAAACAAAUUUAUAGAUAUUCAAUUCAAAAUUUAAGAUAUCAAAUUGUUAUAUAAAAUCUGAUUAUAUGAAAUGAGAUUAUUAGGUACCAAUAAGUAUAACCCCAAAUCAAGGGUCCAUUCGCGAGUUAGGAGGGCUUAAAAACCGGAAAUUCUUGUUCUUGUAACGCGAAUCGUUUAUCUGGCGAUUUGAAUAACAUUCUAAUUCUCAGCUCCUUGAAUGAUUAGCGAAAACAUGGAUCUUAAACCUACACGCACCUUUCUUUCUAUCAAUUUUCAUAUUUAUCGAUGAUGCAAUAUACCUCAGUAUACGUAUGUACACACACACUUACACAUAUGUUAUGAUUAUAUUCAGUUGGUUUGCUAGGAGAGUAAUACACAUGAAAAUAUUAUAUUUUUCAAGCAAUAUGUUUGAUAUAAAAAGUUUCCAAUUAAAAAUUGCAAUUGACAAUAAUAUAUUUUUCAGGAAAUGUAUUUGAUAUAGGUUUCAAAUUGGAAAUUAUUAAUUACUUGACUAUUUAACAAUGAAAUGGUUUUAUAAUUAACGGCAGUGUUUGGAAUCUUGUUCAUUUAUUAGCUUAAUCUUCAAAUCUGUAUUUUUGGUAUUUCCUAAAUUCAAUUUUGGGCUAAGUUCAACUAAUUGAUUAGCUCGUGUGUAGCUAUUUCUUCUAGUUUCAUCACCCUGGACGUUUUGCCAGCUAAGUUCUCUUGUUUUGGCUACUGAUUCUCUAUAUUGCAUUUGAAAUAUUCUGAGUUUGUUAAUGUUGCAUUAUCUCAAGUUCACAUUCUGUCUUUUGCAACGUUGAGCUCAUCUCAUUGUUAGUACCCAAUUGUAUAGUACACAAUUCUGUAAUUUUAGCAGUUUGUGCUUCUAUAUGUUUAUACAAUUAUGCAACUUUUUCCUUUCCUGCAUUCUUCCAUUUACGUUUAGCACCUAUAGAUAAUAAAUUACAAGAAAGGUUUUAUAUUCUGGGUAUAUAUUAUUUGUGUAUAUUAUUUACUACUAGAAAAGGUAUUAAAAUAUUAUUUUAAGGUAUGAUAUUAUUAUUAUUAAGUAGUAUAUUUUCAUCUUAAUAAAUAAAUUUUUUCUAUAGAACUAAUUUUUUCAUUUUAGAAGUAACAAUUUUUUAAGUAUAUCAACCUUCUGGCAAACCGACGAUAUACAUAUUUAAAUCUCGAUUGUUCUGUCGUUUUCUCUCUUUGUUUCAAUCUAGAAUACAACGAAUACGAUUUGCAAAAGAAGUGCAUGAAUUUCUCUGUAAAAUGGCGAGAGAGAGAGAGAGAGAGAGAGAGAAUAUAUGUGUUAAACGGUAACAAUUAAUAUAAUACGCUUCACUGUUGCUGCAAUGGAGAUCUGUAAAUUCUGAAUUGUUCUGUAUACACUUAUAGAUAUACGUACAAAAUGUUGGUGACUAUUAGUUAGCAAAGUAUCAUGUCUAUUAGUCUCUGAUGUGGAUUAAACAAUCUUUUUCUUAUUUAUUUAAUUUAUAUUAACUAUAGCAGCAUUUUCGUUACAUUAUGUAGAAAAACUGAACGUUUUUUCAUUGUAUAUUAUCGAACGUGUUUAUAUAGUAAUGGAGUAAAAUACUUAUAAUUUCAAUAAACUACGGAUUGUUUCAA